AUGGCACAGAACGAGCAGAUCACGCGUCGCGUGCGCGAUAUUUUUGUAGCCUACGACCGGGAUGGAGAUGGCAAGCUAGAAUUGCUGGAGCUUCAAAGUGCCCUGCUUAGUUUACCCACGGCACUGCGUCUCUCUCAAGAGGACCUCGACAACCUCUGCAAAGCCAUUGGUCUAGGCAACAGCGAAGCGACAAUUGGCAUUGACCAUAUCCUCGCCAACCUCUGCACACAUCUCGUGUCCACACUGGGAUCUAGACCUGAGCAAAAACAGGCCCCGUGGAUUGAGUUUUAUCAUCCCACUGAAGGGCCGGCCUUUCUGCACCUGGUCAAGGGCACCGUCAGCCUAACAACCCCCGAUGACUUUGUGUUGACUCGCGAUGACAUUGUGGCCGAUGCCGUCCUUACCCAUUUUGCCAAACGCGAUACAGAAGGCUUUGGCGUGAUUCCGGUGACCAUCCUAUCUGUCGAUCUGCAAACCCAGGAACUGGGCUUGUUUUUGCAAGCAAAUGAGGUGGAAGCAAUUCUGGCAGCACACCCCGCCGAACCCGAUGGUAACACCAUCAACUACUCGAGUCUUGCCCCAGCCGUCUGUGACUACAUCAUGCAGCUCUACGCCGGGCGCGACGCCCACCCAGGUCAUUGGGCCCGUUUGCACACGCAUCACCAUGGAACAUAUUGGUUCAACAAGAUGACCGGCGUAACGCAAACUGACGUGCCCGUGGAGGUCCUAACGGCAGCUCAAGGUGCCCCAGGCGGAUUCAUCCCUAACAUUGUCGAUGAAAAGCUAGUUGCCAAAUUGAACGAGGCCCUGCAGCUUUCCAACAAUGCUGUAGCUGCCGCUGCCUCGGCGUCGGGAGUUGCUCAGCAAAAUGCCUCAUCCGCUUCGGCUGGCGCCGAGGAGAUUGCGCGGCAUCUCGCCGAGAUUCAACAACUUCGCACCACAAAUGCGGAACUGCAGACGCGUGUCACGCAACUUGAGGACCAUAUUUCACAACUCAAAGCUGAGAACACAAUAUUAUCAUCUCAACUGGCCGGCAAGACGCAGGAAUGUGAUAGCCUGCGCCAGGGGCAAAACAAAGAACAGGCUGAUAUGAGCGGCAUCAUUGCUGAACGCAAUCAGUUGCGGCAGGACAAAGCCCAGCUUCUUCAAUCUCACAAAGCCAAGGCGGGAAAUUUGGAGGCCUCGUUGGCCCAGGCCAAUGAAACGAAGAAAACGCUCCAGUCUCGCGUGACUGAGCUGGAGGCAGAGAACAAGAACCUGCAACAAGCGCUAGCCGCGGCCAGUGCGUCGGUGACGGCCGCGCGUGAUCAGCUGUCAACUUCCGAAAGCCGUCUUGGCACGGUAAACGAUCUCGAAGCGGACAAAGCCAAGCUUCACAAGCAGCUUCAGGAUGCGAGAGCUUUGAGUGAAGAACGCCAGCGACAGUUAGCCAUCGCUCGACGCCAGCUCAAAGACUUUCAAGCGGAGAAUGUCUCAAUGAGCAAGGGCCAAGCUCAUCUGUCUCAAACUCAACAAGAACUGGAGGCGCUGCAGACAGCAAUGGAAACAACAAAGGCCUUUCUUGCCACGAAAACCAAACUCAUCUCCAACAAACAGGCUCGCAUCCGUGAAUUGGAGGACCAAGUGGCUCAGCUCGAAGCGCAAGACAAGCGGCGCCAAAAGGUCUUGGAGGACUUGGUCAAGCGGACCGCAUCAAUGCAUUCUCGCCAUGAUCGCGGUGCGCAUAACGAGCUUGAAGAGCUGGUGUACGGUGAUCGCGCACGCCCGGCAUCAGCGUCGCCAAACCCCAAGGCUCAGGCACAGGAUGAGGUUGCGAAAUGUUCCAUUAAAGUUGGCGAUCGGGUGACCGUUCCUGGCCCACGCGGUGCGGUUACUGCCAGCGCUUGCUCGGCCGUGGUCAAAUACGUGGGCCGCUUGGACAAUGAUGUGCCAGACUACAACUUGUACAUCGGCGUCAAGCUAGAUGACCCAAUCAGUGAUACGGAUGGCCUGUUCAAGGGCAAGCGCUACUUUACCUGUCCCGACAACCAUGGUCACUUUUGCCCGGUCGACGACGUGCUUCAAGUCGUGUCUUCGCGAGGAAAGCGAAAAUCAACUCGCCGUGAGAACGGGCGCAGCUAA